CCCCCCCGAGAGCGAUGCGGUGAAAGGAGAGCAACACGGUAGUGAAGAUGAGUGCCUCAGCGGCCACGGGGGUGUUCGUGCUGUCCCUCUCAGCCAUCCCGGUCACCUACAUCUUCAACCACUUGGCGGCCCAGCAUGAUUCCUGGACCAUUGUUGGAGUUGCUGCCCUCAUCCUGCUCCUGGUGGCCCUUUUGGCUCGGGUCCUUGUCAAAAGAAAACCACCGAGGGACCCCCUGUUCUACGUGUAUGCGGUGUUCGGAUUUACCAGCGUGGUGAACCUCAUCAUAGGCCUGGAGCAAGAUGGCAUCAUUGAUGGGUUUAUGACCCACUACCUGAGAGAGGGCGAACCGUAUCUGAACACGGCCUAUGGACACAUGAUCUGCUACUGGGAUGGCUCUGUUCAUUACCUCAUGUACCUGGUGAUGGUGGCUGCCAUAGCAUGGGAGGAAAGCUAUAGAACCGUUGGCCUGUACUGGGUCGGAUCCAUUAUAAUGAGCAUUGUGGUUUUUGUGCCUGGAAACAUUGUAGGAAAAUAUGGAACACGAAUUUGCCCCGCAUUUUUCUUAAGCAUACCAUAUACAUGUCUUCCGGUCUGGGCUGCCUUCAGAAUCUAUAAUCAGCCAUCAGAAAACUACAAUUAUCCCUCAAAGGUUCUUCAAGAAGCCCAAGCGAAGGCCCUGCUGAGGAGACCAUCUGACUUAAUACUGGUCAUGUGUCUGCUCCUGGCAACUGGAUUUUGCCUGUUCAGAGGCUUGAUUGCUUUGGAUUGCCCAGCUGAGCUCUGCCGACUCUACACACAGUUUCAAGAGCCGUACCUAAAGGACCCUGCUGCUUAUCCUAAAAUUCAGAUGCUGGCAUACAUGUUCUAUUCUGUCCCUUACUUUGUGAUUGCACUUUAUGGAUUAGUGGUCCCUGGAUGUUCAUGGAUGCCUGAUAUAACACUGGUCCAUGCUGGAGGUCUGGCUCAGGCCCAGUUUUCUCACAUUGGUGCUUCCCUUCAUGCUAGAACUGCCUAUGUCUACAGAGUCCCUGAAGAAUCGAAAAUCUUUUUUCUAGCAUUAAACAUAGCAUAUGGAGUGCUUCCUCAGCUCUUGGCCUACCGCUGUACCUACAAUCCCGAGUUCUUCCUAAGAACAAAGGCAGAUGAAAAGGUGGAGUGAACGUACCUCACGCUCUUUCUGACCCUGUUAAUGGAACUGAUGCCCUACUCCCUUCCAGACAUAAAUACUCCCGAGAAUACACAUUCUUGCUCUGCAGCGUACGUGUGAGUGCAAACAAUAGCACUGUAUGGGUAUAUUCUCAUUUCUGAGGGGAAAUUGAAGUGAACAAUAACUUGUUUAAAGAAAUAUAUCAAAAUUUGUUUUUGUAUGUGACCAUCGAUCUUAACAUUGUUUGCACAAAUUAUAUGUGAAAAUUACAACUCUAGUGCCUACAAAAAGCAUAAAAAUGAAACGAUUCAGAAGUGACUAACCAUAUUCACUAUGCAUAGGAAAUAAUUCAAAAUAGCAAUUACAGGUUGGAGAAAUAACUUCUUAUGAAAUGUAUGAGUCAUUGACAACCUUAAUAUAAAUGCCAGAUCAUCACAAUAUUUUUAAGUUGUUUGAAGUGUCUUCACAAGGAAAGUAUAUAUUUACUGAUGUCAAAACUUUUAUUAUGAAUUUAAAUAGCUAAUAUGCUACAAAUCAACUUUAUUAGCUGCCUUAAUGAACACUUGUUUUACUGGUGACUGGCUGGCAAUAUUUCUCUUGUGUUUUUGUGUAUAUCUUCAAUAAAAUUUUUGGUGUUUUAUGAGGAUAAACUUUAUUAAAUUUGAAGCAUUUCAUGUAUACAUUUUCAUGACAGAUCUUGAACUUUUUAUUUAAGAAACCUGUGCAGGGCAGUGGUGGUGCACACCUUUAAUCCCAGCAUUUGGGAGGCAGAGACAAGCAGAUUUAUGAGUUUGAGGCCAGCCUGGUCUACAGAGCAAGUUCCAAAACAACCAGGGCUACAUAAAACACAAAAAACAACAAAACAAAACUAAAUCUGUUUGCUAUGUGUUCCAAUUUAAAAUGUUACUUACAUUUUCCAUAUGUCUUACUGUGAUCAAUAAAGGUCUUUUGAUUAAUUUCAUUAAUUUUAAAAUAAAAUGUUUAAAAUUAAAAAGUACCUUUUAGGGGGAAAAAAACCCUGACGUGGCAGCCUGUCUCUUAAUGAACUUUCCAACUUGGACCUGUGUGAGUACAACAGAGAAACCAUCAGUUGCU